AUGUCAUUUGAACGCACUCAGGGUGGGUACUGGGGUGAGACGGGUUGGGCAGCUGGUGACGAGCGCGACGCAGCCGCCCGUGCAGCGUACGAGGCGUUACUGCGGGUCUCUCUUAAGCUGCCUACCGGUGACCGUUUCGAUGAUUUCGCUGACACUGUGAAGGCGAGAGCAAAACAACACUAUAAUUACACUUUCUCAGAUGGCGAAGAGGUGAAUUUCUUCAUAGGCGCAUUUUACGAUGGAGUGUACCUACUAGGCAUGGCUCUAAAUGAAACUCUAACAGAGGGUGGUGAUAUUAGAGAUGGCAGAAACAUAACAAGACGCAUGUGGGGUCGGGAUUUUCACGGAAUAACAGGACACGUACGAAUUGACUCACUCGGAGACCGCGAUGCCGACUACGCUAUAUUAGAUUUGGAUCCCGUCACUGGAAAAUUUGAGGUGGUAGCGUUCUAUCACGGCCUGAACGGCAGCUAUAAGCCAGUAGCGGGCAAGGCUAUCCACUGGCCCGGGGGCCGCAGAGGACCUCCACCAGAUACGCCUCGGUGUGGCUUCUUAGGGAACGACCCUAUGUGCCAAGGAGGAAUAAUGAGAAAUUUUUGCCUCUGUUUUGAGGUUAAUAAUAACGUACUUUCAGGACAAGCGCGCAUAGACGCGGAGCUUAACAACACAGCGUGGAGGGUGAGGCCUGAAGAAGUGCUCGUGGAAGUCGGCACAGGACUCGGUGCUAGUCCAGCUCUGCACAGCAUCAACGAGGUCCUGAAGCUGUCUUUGGGUUGGAGCGCUCGCGGCAGUAAUGGCGCCACUUCCGGUGUGAACACCCCGUCUUUGAACCUCGCGACCUUCACCGUCGGCCUUUACAAGGGAAACAGGGUCGCCGUCAAGAAGAUUCACAGGAAGAAGCUGGACUUGAACAAAAAGUUGUUAUGGGAAAUCAAACAGGCACGCAACGUCUCUCACGAGAACACGGCGCGCUUCAUCGGUGCUUGUGUCGAUUGUCCUCUUGUGUUCGUGCUCACUGAAUACUGUCCAAAGGGCUCGCUCAAGGACGUCCUAGCUAACGAAGAGCUCCAGCUAGACUGGAACUUUAGAACAUCACUGGUACACGACAUCGUGCAGGGUAUGUGUUACCUUCAUGCCGGGCUUGGUGCGCACGGCAAACUCCGCUCUUCGAACUGCCUCAUCGAUGGACGCUUCGUUCUCAAGAUAUCCGACUACGGCCUCAACACCCUCUGCACACCCACCGAUUUGAUUAAGGACGACACAUACUAUUACAAACUAUUGUGGACGGCCCCAGAACUGGUGACGGGCAGCGUGUAUCCUGGCGCGAUAGCGUCGCUAAAAGGCGACGUUUAUAGCUUUGGAAUUAUCCUGGAGGAGAUUGUCCUGAGGGCAGGCCCGUUCCAUCACUACACAUCCACCAUGUGUAACAAAGAUAUCGUUUUGCGAGUAUGUGCUCGUGAAUCGCCGCCGUUCCGUCCGGCCGUGUGCGUGAGUGAAGUGGGUGCGGCCGGUGGUGGGGGGAACGCGGCUGCUGAGCUGCUGGAACUGGCCGCCCGGUGCUGGGCCGAGGCACCAGACGAUCGACCCACCUUCGACGCCAUCAAUGUUAAUUAUAUAAAGGGCUACUGUGAUAACCUGAUGGAUGAUCUGUUGCGGCGUAUGGAGCAAUAUGCCAACAACCUGGAGACUUUAGUGGAAGAAAAGACGGAACAACUUUCUUUGGAAAAAAGGCGGUCUGAGGAGUUACUUUAUCAAGUUUUACCAAGACCAGUAGCGCAGCAGCUUAUGGCCGGUGAAAUGGUACAGCCGGAGAGCUUCGAGUGCGUCACGGUAUACUUCAGCGACAUCGUCGGCUUUACCGAGCUCUGCGCCGCCUCCACUCCUAUACAGGUCGUGGAUCUCCUCAACGACCUGUACAGUACUUUUGACAGGAUCAUUGGUUUCUACGACGUUUACAAGGUGGAGACUAUAGGGGACGCGUACAUGGUAGUAUCUGGUUUACCGGAGCGUAACGGAGAUUUGCAUGCGCGUGAAAUCUGCCUUAUGGCUCUAGCAGUUGUGGAGGCUGUACGUGUGGGCGUACACUCGGGGCCGGUGUGUGCGGGUGUGGUGGGCGUUAAAAUGCCACAUUACUGCCUCUUUGGAGACACCGUGAACACAGCCAGUCGCAUGGAAUCCACUGGACAACCACUCAGGAUACAUUUAAGCGAGAACACUCGUGCAUUGCUGAAUCAGUGGGGCACAUUUGUUGUGGAAAGGAGGGGUGAAGUGGAGCUGAAAGGUAGGGGUCGGAUGCUGACACACUGGCUGCUCCAAUGCUCCGAACCUGAAGCGAGAUUGCUGGCACAAAGUCCCCAACCACCCCCUCAGUACCCUAUAUUGUUCCCUUCUUUACCCCAACCUCCAAUUGCCUUACAAGUACCGUACUUAGUUGUAGAACCACCUACAUUAGCGGCCUGA